CAUGAACGACACAUCACCAUUACGUAUGUAGUAAUGUAGUCAUUUAUCUGCAUUUAGGAAUCAGUGAACUCUUUGUAGGCUCGUGACAUUUUCCAAAUAAACUGAUUUUAUAAUUCACUGGCGCUAUUUUGGACAAGCAGGAACUAAAGUUUCGUUUGUCCGAAACCAGACCGGACAACUGAAGAAGAGACACAGAACCGUUAGAAAGUGGAGCUCAGGGUAGAGAAAUCAGUGUUUUCAAAAGUUAAUAAAAGCAGCAAAAAAUAUUAUCAGGCAGAAAGAAAUGGCUACUGACUCGUGGGCAUUGUCUGUUGAUCAACAAGAAGCAACAACCAAAACAUGUGAACUGCUGCGGAUUAGAGAAAGGCGAGUCAUCCCGAACACUGAAGCGAAAGAAACAGCAAAAGCUACAGAUGGUGACAAAUCAGACGAAGAAGAAAAAGAGGACAGAGCCGCACAGUCUCUUCUUAAUAAAUUAAUCAGGAACAGCCUCGUCAACAACACGAACCAGGUGGAGGUGCUGCAGAGAGACCCGAAUUCACCACUCUACUCAGUCAAGACAUUUGAAGAGCUGCGUCUAAAACCUCAGCUGCUGCAGGGAGUCUAUGGAAUGGGCUUCAACAGACCUUCAAAAAUCCAGGAGACUGCGCUGCCGAUGAUGCUGGCAGAACCACCUCAGAACCUGAUUGCUCAGUCUCAGUCCGGCACGGGGAAAACCGCCGCCUUCGUACUGGCCAUGCUGAGCCACGUCAACCCAGUGAACAAGUGGCCACAGUGUCUGUGCAUCUCGCCAACCUAUGAGCUCGCCCUACAGACGGGUAAAGUCGUAGAGCAGAUGGGCAGGUUUUACCCUGAGGUGAAACUGGCAUACGCCAUUCGAGGCAACAGGAUUGAGGGAGGGAGUAAAAUCCAGGAGCAGAUUGUAAUCGGCACCCCAGGCACCAUGUCCGACUGGUUAACCAAAAAAAAGGUCGUAGACCCCAAGAAGAUUCAGGUGUUUGUACUGGACGAGGCUGAUGUCAUGAUCGCUAUGCAGGGUCACCAAGACCAGAGCAUCCGCAUCCAGAGGAAGCUGCCCAAAGACUGUCAGAUGCUGCUCUUCUCUGCAACCUUUGAGGACUCGGUGUGGCAGUUUGCUGAGCGCAUCGUCCCCGAUCCCAACAUCAUCCGACUGAAGCGAGAAGAGGAGACCCUGGACACCAUCAAGCAAUAUUACGUGCUCUGCAAAAACAAACAGGACAAGUUUGAUGCACUGUGUAACAUCUACGGCGCAAUCACAAUCGCACAAGCCAUGAUCUUUUGCCACACUCGCAGGACAGCAGCCUGGCUGGCAGGAAGGAUGGCAGCAGAGGGUCACCAGGUGGCACUGCUGAGCGGAGAACUGGCAGUUGAGCAAAGAGCGGCCAUCAUUGAGCGCUUCAGAGAAGGCAAAGAGAAAGUGCUGAUCACCACUAAUGUGUGUGCGAGAGGUAUCGACGUAGAGCAGGUUUCCGUGGUGAUCAACUUUGACCUCCCCCUGGACAAAGACGGCAACCCGGACAACGAGACCUACCUGCACAGGAUCGGCAGGACGGGGCGCUUCGGGAAGCGAGGUCUGGCCAUCAACAUGGUGGACAGCGAGGAGAGCAUGGCUGUGCUCAGAGCCAUCGAGGAACACUUCAGUAAGAAAAUAGUGAAGCUGGACACAGAGGACCUUGAUGAAAUUGAAAAGAUUGCACACUGAGGUGGUGAAGAAGAUUAAAUACACUACAUAAUGACAUAACACUAACAUUUAUAGUGUUAUCUCAUUUGAGCUAUCUCACUUGAAUUUACCGCUGUUUACUCUGAGCUAACGACGUGUUUACAUUUACACUUACAUUGCCUUACCUUUAAGAAAACAUUUUAAACUUUAACCUUUGCCAAAAAAAAAAAAAAAAAAGACUUUAUCCUUAGCUGAUCGUUACUAAGUUUGAGGUUGGUUUUUUUGGUUUUGUUUUUUUGGUUGAUGCACUUUCUGUUUUCAGUAACAGGUCAGUGACACUGCUCAAUAUAUUAAGCUAUUUAAUUACUGAGGGUUUUUUUUUGGCAGGACUAAUUAACUGCCGUUGUAGCUGUUUUCUGUUUUUAUACUGUGAAAUGAACACCGUUUGGUGUCUCUUAAAGGACUAGACACAUUCUGAUGUGCUGUGGAAAGCACACGGGUACCAAAACAACCAAAGGGAGUAUUAGUCAUAUCAAAAUGACACUGAAGUUGCACUUUUUGACUGACAUUUUGAGGAUCAGAAUUUGAAGAAAUACUCCUUCGUUUAAAAAAAAAAAAAACAACAACAAAAAAAGGACAUUCCUAAAGAGUCAUAUGUAAUAUUACUAAGGCACUCCUUAAAUGAAAAGACUGUUAAACCCCUCUGUUUUGGUGAGAAGUUUAUCCCUUGCAAUGACAAGAGGAGUAAAAUAAAAAAUAGUUUCAUUGUUGGGUCUAAGGACCAGCUGCUGGAUCAUAUGAUGAUUUUUUGUGAUACGUUUUUUUGUUUGUGUGUUUACUGACAUAUUCCUGGAUGAUUAGGGAUAGUUAGAUUUGUGUGAUUUCUUUAAGAAGAAGGAAUGGUUGAUUUAAUAUUUUUGCUUUGUUACUUGAAUAAGUAUGCACUUUAGUUUGGUUUGUGAAUGCUGUGUUUGGAUUCGAGUGAACUUGGUUACAGACUAGCUGUAAAAUUUUAUUUGCAGCUCUUGCGUUGUGUUUUUCUGUUCUGCUGGAUUCAGCUGUUUACUGAUACAUUCAAUAAAAAUUCCUGCCUACUGGAA